UUUUGGGAGCUCAUUGACACAAUUGCCUCAGAAAUCGGAGAACUGAAACAGGAGAUGGUACAGACAGAUCUCACAGUGGAAGAUGAAUCUGCUGAUUUGCGAAGUCUAGUAAAGGACAUGGAUAAUGUCCCUCCUGAGAAAAAUGAUGUAAAAGGCUGCCCCCGGGACUCUGGAUAUGACAGCCUAUCCAACAAGCUAAGCAUAUUGGACAAGCUCCUCCAUACUCACCCUGUGUGGCUGCAGCUUGGUCUGAAUGAUGCUGAAGCCAUGGAAAUUCUGCAGGCCCAGCCUCCUGGGAUAUUUCUGGUCAGGAAAUCUGCGAGAUUGCAGAAGAAGGUCAUCUCUCUGCGUCUGCCCGGUGACUGUGGGUCCUGCCUAAAGGAAUUUGCAAUAAAAGAAAGCACUUACACGUUUUCCUUGGAGGGGUCCGGAAUAAGUUUUGCUGAUUUAUUCAGGCUCAUUGCUUUCUACUGUAUUAGCAGAGAUGUCCUUCCAUUCACCCUGAAGUUACCUCAUGCUAUUGCUGCAGCAAAGACAGAAGCUGAACUUGAAAAGAUUGCUCAGCUUGGACUGAACUUUUGGAGCUCCCCGGCUAACAGCAACCCCCCGGAUCCUUCACCUCCCCGUAGGCCUGUGCCUUUGGAUAGCGCUUGUAAAGACUCGCGUCAGCUCUGCCUUAUAAAUGGAGUGCAUUCUAUACGAACCAGAACGCCUUCAGAGCUGGAGUGCAGCCAGACCAACGGAGCGCUGUGUUUCAUUAAUCCCCUCUUCUUAAAAGUGCACAGCCAGGAUGUCAGUGGAAGUCUGAAAAGGCAGAGCCCGAGAACUCAAGACGUGAAUGGCACAGCGAGGCCUCGCUCCCCCCCGCCCCGGCCGCCGCCACCUUCUAUUAAUAGCAUCCUCACGAGUCCACAGCUUGCCAGGACUAUAAAGCAGGCGAGCAUGCCAGAAACAGUCAACCAUAAGAAAGAGAGAGGCUUGGAUUUGCUGCAGAAUAAACCAACCCCUAUUCCACCUCCUCGGCUGAAGAAGCAGGCUGUUUGCUCAGAGGUGGAAGGUAGCUCAAAGACCACGGCAGUAAUUCGACCUGGCCGCAGCUCGGUGAGCGUGCCCGAAGCUGCUGGCGUUCCAGGUGAAACCCUGCCUGAGCCGGCUCCAGCAGCUGCCAAAAAGACGGUAGCUACCAGCUCUGAGUCACACAUACCGUGGAAUGGAGGCAGGCAGAGACUGAGCGACAUGAGCAUUUCCACCUCCUCGUCUGACUCGCUGGACUUCGAUCGGAGCAUGCCGCUGUUUGGCUAUGAGGGGGACACUAACAGCAGCCUGGAGGAUUUUGAGGGGGAAAGCGACCAAGAGAGCAUGGCACCCCCUUUGAAGCCCAAGAAGAAAAGAAGCAGUUCGUUUGUUCUCCCCAAGAUUGUGAAAUCUCAGCUGCGGAAAGUCAGUGGAGUUUUCAGUUCCUUCAUGACCCCUGAAAAGAGGAUGAUUAAGAAAAUUGCAGAGAUGUCCCAGGACAAACGCACUUAUUUUGGAUGCCUAGUGCAGGACUAUAUCAGCUUUCUCCAGGAAAACAAGGAGUGCCAUGUUUCAAGCACUGAUAUGCUGCAAACGAUUCGGCAGUUCAUGACCCAAGUCAAGAACUAUUUGUCCCAAAGCUCCGAACUUGAUCCCCCAAUCGAAUCGCUGAUUCCCGAGGACCAAAUAGAUGUUGUCCUGGAGAAGGCCAUGCAUAAGUGCAUUCUGAAGCCGUUGAAGGGCCACAUUGAAGCGAUGUUGAAGGAGUUUCAUACUGCGGAUGGUUCUUGGAAACAGCUAAAGGAAAACCUGCAGUUGGUGCGGCAGAGGAAUCCUCAGGAACUGGGCGUGUUUGUUCCAACACCAGACUUUGUGGACGUUGAAAAGAUUAAAGUCAAGUUCAUGACCAUGCAGAAAAUGUAUUCACCUGAAAAGAAAGUCAUGCUGCUGCUGAGAGUUUGCAAAUUGAUUUACACUGUUAUGGAGAAUAACUCAGGGAGGCUGUACGGAGCUGAUGACUUCUUGCCUGUGUUGACAUACGUACUAGCCCAGUGUGAUAUGCUGGAGCUGGAUACUGAAAUUGAAUAUAUGAUGGAAUUGCUGGAUCCAUCUUUGCUGCACGGAGAAGGAGGCUAUUACUUGACAAGCGCUUAUGGAGCACUUUCACUGAUCAAGAACUUCCAGGAAGAGCAAGCUGCCCGACUGCUAAGCUCAGAAGCCAGAGAUACUCUCCGGCAAUGGCACAAGAGGAGGACGACUAACAGGACGAUACCUUCAGUUGAUGAUUUUCAGAACUACCUUCGUGUUGCAUUCCAGGAAGUUAACAGUGGAUGUACAGGAAAGACCUUACUAGUGAGACCAUAUAUCACUACGGAAGAUGUAUGUCAGCUUUGUGCUGAAAAGUUUAAAGUGGACAAUCCAGAAGAAUAUAGCCUGUUUCUUUUUGUUGACGACACCUGGCAGCAACUGACAGAGGAUACCUACCCUCAGAAAAUUAAGGCAGAGUUGCACAGCCGUCCGCAACCCCAGGUCUUUCACUUUGUCUACAAGCGCAUUAACAGUGAUCCAUAUGGUGCCAUUUUUCAAAACAACGAUGACUCGGCUUCUUAAAACCAGCAACUCAUCAUUUAAUUUCUCUUCCUUGUUAACUGUUGAAAACAUCUUUGUUGGCUGCCCUCCUUAGGAGCUAAAACAGGUCUUAAAACCAUAAAGCCUAAUAAAACAUGCGCAGACACUUCUAGCAUAGCUUACAAAAACCCACGUAAACCAUGCAUAU